GCUGGCGCCGCCGCCUCGCGCGCUCCUGCUCCGCCGCGACCGUCCGGGAGGCUGCUCCUCCCAAGUACCAUGUGUGACGGCGCCCUGCUGCCUCCUCUCGUCCUGCCCUUGCUGCUGCUGCUGGUUUGGGGACUGGACCCGGGCACAGCUGUCGGCGACGCGGCGGCCGACGUGGAAGUGGUGCUCCCGCGGCGGGUGCGCCCGGACGACGUGCACCUGCCGCCGCUGCCCGGUGUCCCCGGGCCCCGAAGGCGGCGGCGCCCCCGCGCGCCCCCCGCGCGCCCCCAGCCCGGCGAGCGCGCUCUGCUGCUGCACCUGCCGGCCUUCGGGCGCGACCUCUACCUGCAGCUGCGCCGCGACCUGCGCUUCCUGUCCCGGGGCUUCGAGGUGGAGGAGGCGGGCGAGGCCGGGCGCCGCGGACGCCCCGCCGAACUGUGCUUCUAUUCGGGCCGUGUGCUCGGCCACCCGGGCUCCCUGGUCUCUAUCAGCACCUGCGGCUCCGCCGGCGGCCUGGUCGGCGUCAUCCAGCUGGGCCAGGAGGAGGUGCUCAUCCAGCCUCUGAACACGUCCCAGGGCUCGCUCAGCGGGCGGGAACACCUGGUCCGGCGCAAAUGGUCCUUGCCACCCAGCCCCUCCAGCGAGGCCCAGGAGCCCGGGCAGCUGUGCCAGGUUCUAACAGAGAAGAAGAAGCCGAGGAAGGGCAAGCCCUCUCGGGACGGGCGGGAGCGGAGGAACGCCAUCCGGCUCACCAGCGAGCACACGGUGGAGACCCUGGUGGUGGCCGACGCGGACAUGGUGCAGUACCACGGGGCCGAGGCCGCCCAGAGGUUCAUCCUCACCGUCAUGAACAUGGUGUACAAUAUGUUUCAACACCAGAGCCUUGGAAUUAAAAUCAACAUUCAAGUGACCAAGCUCGUCCUGCUGCAGCAGCGUCCUGCCAAGUUGUCCGUUGGGCACCAUGGAGAGCGGUCCCUGGAGAGUUUCUGCCACUGGCAGAAUGAGGAGUAUGGGGGUGCUCGGUACCUCGGCAACAAUCAGGUCCCCGGCGGGAAGGACGACACGCCCCCCGUGGAUGCCGCUGUGUUUGUGACCAGGACAGAUUUCUGCGUGCACAAAGAUGAACCGUGCGACACCGUUGGAAUUGCUUACUUAGGCGGCGUGUGCAGUUCGAAGAGGAAGUGCGUGCUGGCCGAAGAUAAUGGGCUCAACCUGGCCUUCACCAUCGCCCACGAGCUGGGCCACAACUUGGGGAUGAACCAUGACGAUGACCACUCGUCCUGCGCCGGCAGGUCCCACAUCAUGUCGGGAGAGUGGGUGAAAGGCCGGAACCCCAGCGACCUCUCCUGGUCCUCCUGCAGUCGAGAUGACCUUGAAAACUUCCUCAAGUCGAAAGUCAGCACCUGUUUGCUGGUCACGGACCCCAGGAGCCAGCACGCGGUGCGCCUGCCUCACAAGCUGCCUGGCAUGCACUACAGCGCCAACGAGCAAUGCCAGAUCCUGUUUGGCACCAAUGCCACCUUCUGCAGAAACAUGGAGCACUUGAUGUGUGCCGGACUGUGGUGCCUGGUGGAAGGAGAUGCCUCCUGCAAGACCAAGCUGGACCCUCCCCUGGACGGUACUGAGUGUGGGGCCGACAAGUGGUGCCGAGCGGGGGAGUGUGUGAGCAAGACGCCCAUCCCGGAGCACGCGGACGGAGACUGGAGCCCCUGGGGCACCUGGAGCAGGUGCAGCCGUACAUGUGGGACAGGAGCCCGCUUCCGGCAGAGGAAAUGUGACAACCCCCCCCCCGGGCCUGGAGGCGCGCACUGCCGGGGUGCCAACGUGGAGCAUGCCGCCUGUGAGCACCUGCCCUGCGCCAAGGGCCUGCCCAGCUUCCGGGACCAGCAGUGCCAGACGCAGGACCGGCUGAGCCGCAAGAAGAAGGGCCUGCUAACGGCGGUGGUGGUGGACGAUAAGCCGUGUGAACUGUACUGCUCGCCGCUGGGAAAGGAGUCCCCGCUGCUGGUGGCCGACAGGGUCCUGGAUGGCACACCCUGCGGGCCCUACGAGACCGACCUCUGUGUACACGGCAGGUGCCAGAAAAUCGGCUGUGAUGGCAUCAUCGGGUCGGCAGCCAAGGAGGACCGGUGCGGGGUCUGCAGCGGGGACGGCAAGACCUGCCGCGUGGUCAAGGGCGACUUCAGCCACUCUCGGGGGACAGCUCUCAAAGACUCCGGCAGGCGGUCCAUCAACAGCGACUGGAAGAUAGAGCUCCCCGGGGAGUUCCAGAUUGCGGGCACGACCGUGCGCUACGUUCGAAGGGGCCUGUGGGAGAAAAUUUCUGCCAAGGGACCAACCAAAAUACCCCUGCACUUGAUGGUGUUGUUAUUCCAUGACCAGAAUUACGGCAUUCACUACGAGUACACCAUUCCCGUGAACCACACGGCGGAAAAUCAGAGCGAGCCCGAAAAGCCCCAGGAUGCCCUGUUCCUCUGGACCCACAGCGGCUGGGAGGGGUGCAGCGUGCAGUGUGGAGGAGGGGAACGCAGGACCAUCGUGUCCUGCACACGAAUUGUGAACAAGACCACGACUCUGGUGAACAACAGUGACUGCCCGCAAGCAAGCCGCCCCGAGCCCCAGGUCCGAAGGUGCAACUCACACCCAUGCCAGUCACGGUGGGUGGCAGGCCCGUGGAGCCCCUGCUCGGCGACCUGUGAGAAGGGCAUCCAGCACCGGGAGGUGACCUGCGUGUACCAGCUGCAGAACGGCACACACGUCACCACGCGGCCCCUCUACUGCCAGGGCCCCCGGCCGGCACCGGUGCAGAGCUGUGAAGGCCAGGACUGUCUGUCUAUCUGGGAGGCGUCCGAGUGGUCGCAGUGUUCUGCCAGCUGCGGUAAAGGGACGCAGAAGCGGACGGUGACCUGCACCAACUCCCAGGGGAAGUGCGACGCGUCCACCAGGCCCAAAGCCGAGGAGGUGUGCGAGGACUACUCCGGCUGCUACGCGUGGAGGACCGGGGACUGGUCCAAGUGUUCCUCGACCUGCGGGAAGGGCCUGCAGUCGCGCGUGGUGCAGUGCAUGCACAAGGUCACCGGGCGUCAUGGCAACGAGUGCCCCGCCCUCUCGAAGCCAGCCGCCUACCGACAGUGCCAUCAGGAAGUCUGCAACGACAAGAUCAACGUGAACACCAUCACCUCCCCGCGCCUCGCGGCUCUGACCUACAAAUGCACGCGGGACCAGUGGACCGUGUACUGUCGGGUCAUCCGAGAGAAGAACCUCUGCCAGGACAUGCGGUGGUACCAGCGCUGUUGCCAGACGUGCCGGGACUUCUAUGCCAACAAGAUGCGCCGGCCGCCACCACUGCCGUCACCAAGCUCAUGAC